ACCCCUUGAGACAUUGUGGCGUUGAUGCAGAAAAGUCGGCACUCGUUUCCCUUCCGCGACGCGAGCUUGCUGUCUAUAAACGUGCAUCUUCGUUUCCAUACACCACACUUAAAAUCGCAGCAACUCAUAGAUUCAACAUCUUCUCUCACUGAGAGUAACAACAGUACGAAAUGCUUCCGCCUUCGUUUUCAAUUGCACUUGAAGAGCACGCUGCAUUCCCAUCUCUGGGAGCGGAUAAGCCGUUCUUUCGCGAUACCUUCAAGGUAUUCCCAAAAUGCCUAGAAGAGGCGGAAGACCACUCAACCGGCCGCCUCGCGACUAUGGACGAGGGUCACAUAUCUUACCAGAUCAUGUCUCACUUGCCGGGCACGGGCAAUGACAGGCCCGAAGCCUGCCAAAAAGCGAACGACGAGAUGGCCGAAGCGAUCAAGAAGAACCCCACUCGUUUUGGUGGUUUCGCUGCCCUCCCAAUGGCACAUCCGGAAGAGGCGGCUAGGGAACUAGAACGAGUUGUCAAGGAAUUGGGCUUUCAGGGUGUUUUGAUCGACAGUCAUCUCGACGACAUGACCCAUUUCGACAACGAACGCUUCUGGCCCGUCUUUGAGAUGGCCGAACGUCUUGAUGUUCCGAUUUACAUCCAUCCGGGACCACCCCCGGAGACCUUCGUAGAAGAAAGAUAUGGCGGCAAUUAUGCCGCUGACGUCGCGCUGGGGUUAUCGACAGCUGCUUGGGGUUGGCACGAGGACGUUGGACUGCACAUUCUCAAGCUCUUUUCAGCCGGCCUCUUCGAUCGCUUCCCCAACGUGAAAAUCAUCAUCGGUCAUAUGGGCGAGAUGAUUCCUAUGAUGAUUGAUAGAGCGAGUGAACUGCUGAGUAGAUACCGGAAAAGCGAGGGCGGACGUAGCCUCUAUGAUGUCUGGGAUCAGAACAUAUGGGUGACCUCAAGCGGCAUGUUCAGCGUGAGAGCCCUCGAGAUGCUCCUGAAGGUAACAAAGAAGGAUCGGAUCAUGUAUAGCAUCGAUACCCCUUUUAGCAAAAACAUUCAGGGGUGGAAGUAUCUCCAAGAACUCGCGGAGAAAAGAACGUUGUCGAAGGAAGACUUGGACAACUUUGCAUUUGGGAAUGCUAAAAACCUGUUCAAGUUAAACUUCGAGCUCAAGAAAUUUUGAGUCCCUGGUCCUUUUUCGGUAUUACAGCGUCGGGCCCUAAGCACGUUCCCAACAUACCUAGUCCUCGAUUAGCCAAUAAGAAGCGAUAAUUUGCCUUACGUAAGA